AUGCUUCUAAAAACACCGCCGGCCUUCGCCAUCUGCUCGUCCACCAACGUCCUGAACGUCUUUGCCAUCCCCGCACAUCACCCUCCAUCGAUAACGUCACCAUCCAGGAGACGACCUGCUUCGCAACAACGACAAGGAACACCCUCACGAUGCUACGCGACGGUUAAAGACGCACAGAAUGAUCCCCUAAACAAAAAGAAGAAUGGCACGUGCCCCUCCUGGCCGACUUGUGCCAACCCAACACCGUACGAUAUCUUCGCUAUAGAGAAAUCCGCUCCCUAUACCAAAGCCCGAUUCGCCGAGCUCGUAAAGCAGUAUCACCCGGAUAAACACCACGCCACCGCUCUCGACGCCCUGGAAUCCAAGACUCGGUUGGAGCGGUAUCGCCUCGUUGUCCUCGCUAACGACAUUCUCAGCAGCCCGGACAAGCGCAGUGCCUACGAUUCAUGGGGCGCUGGGUGGCACCUGCCGGAGACCGGCGCCGAGGAUACUCGUGACAUCAACGAGUUGUACAGAAAGGCUGACCGUGCGUGGCGGCAUGCUCCGAAUAGCCCUGGUAUGAACGCCACCUGGGAGGACUGGGAGAAGUGGAACGAGCGGAAGAACGGCGAGAAGCAGAAGCCCGUCUACAUGUCUAACGCGAGCUUUGCGGCGCUGGUGCUCGCUGCGAUCGCGGUUGGUACCGUUGCGCAAACGACGAGGAUGGAGAGCAACUCAACCAUCCUUGCCGAGAAGAGGCAGACCCACGAGGUGAACAUUAGUAGUGCCCUGAGGCGGCAGAGCACUGCUGUGGCAGGCAAGGGGCGGGAGGAGAGAAUCGAGAGGUUCCUGCGAGAGCGGGAGAACCUCAACUAUGAAUUCGCGCCGGCGAAAUUUGAUGCACGGCAGGGGUCGGAUACCAAGUAG